AUGACUAGGGCAUAUCUCACCGUGUUUCUCCUCAAUAUAUACCUCUUUUGGAACAGCUCCUUCUUAACCUCGACAUCUCCCUAUCUCCUUUCGGAUCGUGAGGCUCAGCUGGCGUAUGAGCUGCAUGCCAUCCUUGAAAAACAUAGACCACAAUGUGAUUCACCAAUAGUCAUCGGCACCGUGGGAAUGCCUCCGUUUGAUGCGGUCUACGAAUCUCCUCGAGAAAACCUUGUGUACAACUUUGAUGAAAUCUGCCAGCCUCUACAGGAUGCCCACGACAACUUUACGCUAGAUAUACACACAAUAGCCGACAAUCGCAACUAUCGCGCCUACCGCAAUGGGACCAAGGGGAUUGUAUCAGCAGCUGGGGGCCACUACAUGCCUACCUUCGUGGUCACCUUACGCAUGCUGCGACGGACGGGAUCUACCUUGCCCGUGGAACUAUUCAUGCGGGAUUAUCAGGAGUACGAGCCGUACGUCUGCGAGGUGGUUCUCCCGCCGCUGAAUGCCCGAUGCAUUGUUCUCUCCGAGAUUCUACCAGUCGAGAGAAAUUACCACGACACUACUGAGGAUUUCCAGCUCAAAUCGUUCGCAAUACUCUUUUCGUCGUUUGAAUCUAUUUUGUGGAUGGACGCCGACUGCAUCCCGGUGCAUGAUCCCGCACAGUUACUAACAUCGAAGUCCUUCACCUCGACUGGCCUGGUCACCUGGCCGGAUUUCUGGACGAAUACCGCCUCACCACUAUACUUCCAGAUAUCUCGUCAACCUGAACCACCUACCAAUGCGCGUCCGGCCACCGAGGCCGGAGUUCACUGGCUGACCUUGCUCCUGGCCACUUACUAUAACUACUACGGGCCGUCGUUCUACUACAAGCUUCUAUGCCAAGGUGGGCCCGGUGAAGGUGACAAUGACACAUUCAUCCAGGCCGCAACGGCUAUUGGGGAAGAGUUCUACACCGUCAGCGAGCCGAUAGUCGACUGGAGCCAUCCUCAUGCGCCUACCAUCCGCCCCGCUAUGUUGCAGGCGGAUCCAAUAGAAGAUUACGAGCGGACCAGGCAGGAAAACCCAUGUGUCAAAGAUCACUGCGUAACAGGGUCGGUUCGCGGGUUCUUUAUACAUGCGCACGAUCCAGAGUUUAAUCCAGGGGAGGUCCUCCUGGAGAAGACGCUACAUAAUGGAAAGCCGACUCGGAUCUGGACGAAUAGCGUGGAUGCGUUGCAACGAAUAGGAUAUGAUGCUGAAAAGGUGACGUGGGAGGAGACAAAGACGGUGGCAUGUACUCUGGAGCAUGCGCUUGAUUCGUGGAAGGAUAGAUCAGGGGUGUGUGAGGGAGUGAAAAAACAUUGGGACGAGGUGUUUACAUCGGAGGAUUAA